AUGGAUAUCCUCAAAGUGUUGUCGCGCUGCAUAAAACAGCCUGCCAAGGGUGCCAAGAACGCGAACAAAGGAGCGGCCAACCUGCCAUCCGCCGGCAACCGAACGAACCCCCAACUUUUCCACGACGAGGUGUCUUCAGCGCGGGGCAAUAAGAGGAAGCGAGGCAAAGAAGAGGUCGAAGAGAAGGAAGAGGAACAACUGCCCGAGGUCGAUUUCUUCGCGCCCCCCAAGUCCGAAACCCCCAAAGAAUCCGAAAAUGCCAAACAGCCCGCUGCGAAAGCCAAAAAGGCCGACAAGGCGUCUUCUGUAAAGGCGACUCUGCUCCCCGAGGACGAGUGCCGACAGAUCCUUCGCUCCCACCGACUGAAGCUUACGCUCCUCUCCGAGCGCCACAAGAAGGCCUCCAAGGUCACCAAGAGCAAGAAGAAGAAGGUCGCUGUCGAGGUUGAGAAGGAGACGAACCAGCUGCACCCGCAGCCCUUAACCUCUUUCCGCGAGCUUCGGACGAACUACAACAUUGCGCCGCUGCUGGCGGACAACCUCACGCAUCAAGGAUUCAAGGUGCCGACCGAGGUGCAGCUGGGCGCCUUGCCUCUGCUGCUGAAGCCAGAACUGGCACUGAAAGAAGUGCCGAAUAAUGAGGAGCUUGGAGAUGUCUCAAAGGGUGUGGAUUUCCUUGCCGUUGCGCCGACAGGCAGUGGAAAGACGAUCAGCUUCCUGAUCCCCGCGAUCAACUCCAUCAUGCAUAAGAGAGAGUCCAGCGAGGACAAGGAUAAGCAUGAUCUGUCUGCGAUCAUCAUUGCGCCGACAAGGGAGCUAGUUUUCCAGAUUGUGAACGAGGGACGCAAGCUGGCCUUGAACUCUGGCAUCAAGAUCGCCGGCAUGAAGAAGGGCAUGCGCUUUGCAGUUGCGGAAGAAGAUAAGGCCGAGAGCGAGGAUGAGGACGAGGACAGCGAGACCGAGCAGGUCAAGUCAAAGUCUGUCGUAAAGGCUGACAUCCUCGUCACAACACCCGCACUAUUCUACAACUUCCUUACGGCGUCGUCAAAGAAGGAUCGCAAAGUUCCGACUGUCACAUCAUUGAUUCUUGACGAGGCGGAUGUGUUGUUGGACCCCCUAUUCCGCGAACAGACCAUGGCGAUCUGGUCUGCUUGUCCUAACCCGGAGCUGAGAACUACGUUCUGGUCUGCGACUUUCGGAUCAAACAUUGAGACUUUGGUGACUGAGGCACAGUUGGCGAGACCAGCAUCCAAACCGUUGAUUCGUUUGGUAGUCGGUCUGAAGGACACGGCCGUCCCCAACGUUACACACAAGUUGAUCUACACCGCAACUGAGAAGGGAAAGCUAUUGGGUCUCCGCCAGCUCCUUCAUCCCACAGCAGGAGACGACUCGGGGCCACCUCUCCGGCCUCCGUUCCUGGUCUUCACCCAGACCAUUGAGCGCGCCACGGCCCUGGAAGAGGAGCUCAAAUACGACAUCCCCCUCGCCGCCGGCGGUCCCACCAGAAUCGCCGCCCUGCACAGCGGCCUCGCCGACAAGGCUCGCGCGAACAUCAUGCGCCGCUUCCGCGCCGGCGAGAUCUGGAUCCUCAUCACGACGGACGUGCUCGCGCGCGGCGUGGACUUUGCUGGCGUCAACGGCGUCGUGAACUACGACGUGCCCGGCUCGAGCGCCGCGUACGUCCACCGCGCGGGACGAACCGGCCGCGCGGGCCGCGAGGGCGGCGUCGCCGUUACGUUUUACACGACGGACGAUAUCCCCUUUGUCAAGACGGUCGCCAACGUCAUCGCCGCGAGCGAGAGGCAGGCGGGCAAGAAGGGCGAGGAGGCGAACGUGCAAAAGUGGCUGCUCGACGCGCUGCCGAACGUGAGCAAGGAGGACAAGAAGAAGAUUCGGGAAAAGGGCGUCGAGGCGAGGCGGAGCCACGGGGCGGCCAUGAUUUCGUCAAAGAGUAAGUGGGAGAGGCGCAAGGAUGCGAAUAGGGAGGGGGCCACGGCCGCGAAUAAGAUUCGGAUUAAGAAUGCAAGGAGGGUGGGUGAUGACGAGGCUGGCGCCGAAUGGGGCGGUAUCGAUGAUUGA